CACACACACACACGCACACACAUACACACAUACGCACACACACGCACUCAAAGACGGAUGCAGACUGAGGUUAAGAAAAUAUAGACAAGCACGAGUAUUUUCCAGGAAACUCUUAUUAUUUCUGACUUGGGGUAUCUAAUGGUAUUUCAUUGAAUUGCUAUGAUGUCAGAGUGUCCGUCCACCCUAAUGGCCUUCUAAGAACAACAACAGGGACAGAUUGGUUCCAUUCACCGGACUGUCCAGACUGAGAGACACAAGCAGCUGAAACCUCAACAAGUUCUCAGCUUAAAAGAAUGCCGCUGCGUCUCCUUUCCCUCUCCGUACUUCUCCUCCUUGUUGCCGCGGCAGCCGUGGUGUGCGUCUCCAUGACAACGCCGCUCCAGAGCUUCCGGGGCUGCGCAGUGCGCGAGUUCUCCUUUGUGGCCCAGAAGCCGGGCUGUAGGGGGCUGCACAUCACCACGGAGGCCUGCUGGGGGCGCUGUCAUACCUGGGAGAGACCAAUAAUCGAGCCGCCGUACAUCCACCGGCACCACCGCGUCUGCACCUACAGCCGCAUCCGACACAUGAUGGCCCGGCUGCCGGGCUGCCUGCCCAACGUCUCCCCUCUCUACCACUACCCAAUGGCUCUGCAAUGCCACUGCACCUUCUGCUCCAUGGAGGACACAGAGUGUCAGACCUUCUGAUAGACACCUGUUUUUAACCAAUAAAAAAGAUUUCUGCUAAUGCACAAGAGCUGAAUAAAAUGAUUUUAAAAAAACUAUUCAUGAAUACCAGAAUGAUAUUGUUCCACUGUGUUUGUACUUAAAUUUACUUUAUGUUAUGGAAGGAUGGUUGGCCCUCUUGAUACCGGAGAAAACUCAGGUUUUUAAGAAAAUGGCCAAUUAUCAAUCAUUAGUUGAUAGAUGAGAUCAACUGACUUUAGAUUAACUCAUUAAUAGAUGAUUUCCAUCUAUAACACCAAGCCUUCAAUCUAUGAAUGAAACAAAAACAAAAAAGUAAAAACAAUUGUGGAUGUAUCUCCCGUCCACAUGGAUGCGUACAUGAUUUUAUACAAGCCAGUCAUCUUAGAAACAGAAAAACUUUGUCUAAUCUUUUCUUUACUUUGUCGGUGUGCCCAAAAUGACACACACACACACACGUGACAGAAACACACUCACACAAGCAGACGUAUGUGACAUAACCCACACUCACAUUAACAAGUUUGGACUCGACAUGGACACUUUAACGACAUCCUUGAGAUGCCGUGGUUUCCAUGACAUUGGAAAGCGGCAGAGCCCCUAAGCGACAGAAAUAUCGGUGACCUCGCUGAGUCACCGUGGAGUAAAUGUGUGUGUGUGUGUGUGUCCCGUCUCUCUGUUGAUGAGGUGCUGCAGCUCAUUCAGAUCCAGUGUUUCGGCUUUUCUCCGCCGGUGGGAAAGUAAUCGGAGGAAACCGUAGAAUCUGUGACUGAAUGUGCAGAUCGGUGUCAGCUAACAGCUUUGAGUUAGAGCGUGCCGUAAAGACGAUGGCGUCACACUUUCUCUUUCCAUCAGAGUGGAAUUGUUUGGGGCUGCAUGAUGAUUCUGUACAGGAUGUUUGCAUGUUUGAAUGAAAAAAACAACUGAGCAUUACUCCAACAGAUUUAAGUUUAAAGUAAUCCUUUAAAGUCACAAACAAGGUUUGUCUGACUGGAAAUAAUCUGGACCAGAGUUCUGACCUGAAUCUUAUUGAAAGUUUGCAGAAGGAGCUAAAGAUUAGGGUGAUUGUUAUGGCUAUGUCUAAAAACCUUGAUGAUCCCUGGAUAAAAUUAACUAGUAAGAUUUGUAGUGGUGGGCAACACUAACGGGGGCGCCGAUCUAUGUUUUCGCAUCCACCUGAAUAAUGUGUAGUUGUGCCACUGAGCUGAAGCACUGAGUGCCUUUAAUUCUAACUAAAUUCCCACCAGCUUAGAGUUGCUUUUGAAACAUUAUAAAUGAAACAUUAAUCAACAUUUUGACGUGUAAUGAUGGUACUUGACAAAGUGCAAUGUUUCGGUUGUUGACUGUGUGUACAAUAACUUUGUAUUUUUGUGUUUUUUAUGAUGACAAUGAAACCAAUCAAUGAAAUGUGCCAUACAAAUAAACGUGAUUGAACAAUU